AUGAUCUUCCAGUCUUCAGACCCUGAACCCAACUACCCCCUGGUUGAUAUUUACCACUACCUCGAGUCAAACCCCUUCAACGUCCAACCCGGCAAGACCGUCUUCAUCGACCCCAUUACCGAAAAAUCUUUGACUUUCGGUCAGUUCCUGAACGAGACCAAGCACUUCGCUGCUGGCCUCCUGGACUCUUAUGACUUCCAGCCCAAGGAUGUCCUUGCCAUCUUUUCCUACAACCAGUACGACUUUGGAGUGCCAAUUCUGGGAACACUUUGCGCAGGAGGCGUCGUGACAACGGUCAACCACUCCUACACCAUCGAUGAGGUCGUUCACCAGCUCAAAGACUCUGGCGCAUCGUACAUGGUUACCACCGUCGACCUCCUCCCUACCGCCCUCGAGGCAGCCAAGAUCUGCGGCAUCAAGCGUGAACACAUCUUCCUCUUUGGUGGCAAGGACGAGGCUGGCCAUAAGGCCUACCAGUCCGUAUUUUCCAAGCGCCUCGCUGCCCCCGUAAAGAUCGAUAUGGAAGAUAUUGCCUACCUCUGCUACUCUUCUGGCACCACCGGUAACGCCCAUUGCAAGAGCAAGGGAGUGAUGCUGACCCACCGCAACAUUACCUCGAACUUGGUCCAGAUCAUGAGCUACGACGCCGAGGUCAUCAAGCAGAAGGACCUUGUCAUCCUUGGUUUCUUGCCUCUCUACCACAUCUAUGGCCUCAUGAACUGCCUCCACAUUUCCCUCAUCACCGGCACUGAGACGGUCAUCAUGCCCAAGUUCGACCUCCCCUCGUUCCUCCAAAACAUCGAAAAGUACAGGGUCACCAACACCUUCAUCGUGCCCCCCGUCGCCCUCGCCCUCGCAAAGCACCCUAUGGUCCUCGACCACGACUUGUCCUCUCUCCGUCAUUUGUACUGUGGUGCCGCUCCCCUCCCUAAGGAUCUCUGCGUGAGGAUUGAGGAGAGAUUGGGUGUUUACUGUCGUCAGGGAUUUGGAAUGACCGAGGGUUCUCCUUUGGUUGCUUGCUUGCGUCCUGAUGCUCGUGGCCCUGAUGGGUCUGUUGGACCCCUUGUUGCUGGUUUGAAGGCCAUGGUUGUCGACCCUGAGACCGGCAAAGAAUUGGGAGUGGGCCAGGCUGGAGAAUGGUUGUUGAAGGGUCCCAACGUGAUGAAGGGCUACCUCAACAACAUCGAGGCCACCAAACACACAAUCCGCGAGGACGGCUGGAUGCACACGGGCGACAUUGUCUACGUCGACGAGAAGGGCAACUGGUUCGUCGUCGAUCGUCUCAAGGAACUCAUCAAAUACAAGGGCUUCCAAAUCCCCGCCGCAGAACUUGAGGCUCUCCUCAUCACUCACCCCAAGGUUCUUGACGCCGCCGUCAUCCCCGCCUACGAUGCCACCCAGGCCACUGAGAUCCCUCGUGCCUAUGUUGUUAUUCAGGAGGGUGUUACAAAGAAUGAUGAGCUGAAGAAGGAGAUUAUGGAGUUUUUGGCAGCACGUGUUGCACCCCACAAGAAGCUGAGGGGUGGUGUUGUGUUCACGAACGAGAUUCCCAAGUCUGCAUCGGGUAAGAUCUUGCGCAAGGAUAUUGUCAAGAUUGACCGUGCGCCUGAUUCCUCUGCAACCGAUGCCAGGGCGCACCUGUAA